GUUUCUGUGUGUCGGAUUGGAAACAAGGCAGGCAUCACAGACUUCUAGCACUUUGCAAUUACAUAAAUAAAUAGAUAGAUAGAUAGCUAGAUAGAUAGAUAGAUAGAUAGCACAGCCGGUGUUUGUUUGUGUAAAUGCGCAGUGUCCGUUGUUUUCUAUGUGAUAAAACACAAUGAAUGCAUGUUGUUGUUUGUAAACGAUGGUGUAACUGCACAGUGACCUGAAAACCAAUACAACAUACACAAGAACUGUCUAGAGGGGCAAUUCGGAGCGACAGGCCCCGCAGCCAGUCCGUGUGCGUGUGGGCGGGACUUCCUGCCAUGUUGCAGCCGUCCUGCUGUUAGUGGGAGCAUUGCAGAGUAGCGCUUCCUGCUCUGAGGUGCCUUGUUUUCGCAUUAAAAAUAAACUCUCUAUCUGCAGCUCUUACGGGCUGUUAUUUUAAAUUAAAAGCAGCGCACCUGCACAGAUAGGAGUUAUAUACAUAUCUAUAUAUAGAUAUCAUAUAUAAUACAUGUUUUAAAAGCAAGAUAAACGUUCAGAAAAAAGAAGAUGCCUCACAAUUUCCAGCCGGGAGACUUGGUUUUCGCGAAGAUGAAGGGUUACCCGUACUGGCCGGCGAGGAUUGAAGAAGUGGCCGAGGGAGCGGUGAAGCCUCCCCCAAACAAGUACCCCAUCUUCUUCUUUGGGACGCACGAAACUGCGUUCCUGGCCUCGAAGGAUCUGUUCCUCUAUGAGAAGAGCAAGGAGAGGUACGGCAAGCCAAACAAGAGGAAAGGCUUCAACGAGGGAUUGUGGGAAAUCCAGAACACCCCUCACGCCAACUACAACACCCCCGCCGCAGCCAGCUCUUCUGACAGCGAGGACGGAGCAGGAAGUGAUGCAGAGGCGGAAGAGGAGGGGCCAAAGAAAGCAGAGUCAGGAAGUGAUGCGGAGUCUGAGCACGGAAGUGAGCCUGCUGGAGGAGGAGAAGGGGGAGGGGUGAAGAGGAAGGUUCCGCCCACAAAGGUCCCGCCGGCAAAGCGUUUCCGGAACUCUUCGAGCGAGCGAGAGCUGGAGCAGGAGAGCGGCUCAGGAUCCGACCCGGAGAACUCGGGAAGCUCGGACUCGGAAUCAGAGAAGAACAGCGACCAGGAUUUCACCCCGGAGAAGAAGCCUGCAGGCCGGGCUCCCAGGAGGGCAGCAGGAGGAGGGGGGCGCACACAGAAGCAGGACUCGGACUCGGAUUCCAAAUCUGAUUCGGAACCGGAACCAAAACCCAAACCAGCACCUGAGGAUGAGGAAGAGGAGAAGGCAGCAGAAGCAUCAGCGUCCUCCGACUCAGAGUCCAGAUCAGAGUCCAGAUCAGAGUCGGAAUCAGAUCGACCCGUCAAGAAAGCACGCCGGGGCAGGAAGCCAGCUGCAGAGAGGCCGCCCCCAAAGCCAAGGGGCAGAAAGCCGAAGACAAAGCCGGUCCCGGCCACAACCCCAUCGAGCUCGAGCAGUGACAGCGACAGCGAGCCGGACCGCAUUAGCGAUUGGAAGCGGAGGGAUGAGGAGAGGAAGAAGGAGCUGGAGGAGAAGAGGAAGAGGGAGCAGGACGAGGAGCUGCGCAGGCUGAGGGAACGAGAGAAGGAGGAGGAGGAGCAGAGGAAGAGAGAGAAGGAGGACAAGGGGAACAAGGCCAGCGAAAGUGACUCAAGCGACACUAAUGUGGAAGAAGGGGGCCGCAGAGACAAGCCCACCAAGAAGACCAAGAAACCCACCCCACCCAAACCAGCCAAAUCAGACACUGACUCAGAGAAGGAGGUGAAGAAACCAGCCAAGCGCCCUGAAGCAGUAAAGAAGGGCCGACCGCGGAAAAACAGGGAGCCGAAAGAGAGGAAGCGGAGACACUCUGAGGAUAAACCCAGGGCCAGGUCGAUGAAAGCAGAGAGGCAGAGGAGGAGACCAGAGAAAGUCCCGGAAAGGAGGGUGGAGAAGAAGAAAGAGCCAUCCCCUGAGGAGAAGCUGCAGAAGCUCCAUACUGACAUAAAGUUUGCCCUGAAGGUGGACAGUCCCGAUGUGAAGAAGUGUCUGCAGGCUCUGGAGGAGCUGGGCUCUGUGCAGGUGACCAGUCACAUCCUGCAGAAGAACACAGACGUGGUGGCAACCCUGAAGAAGAUCCGCCGGUACAAGGCCAGUCGAGAGGUGAUGCAGAAAGCUGCUGAGGUUUACAACAAGCUGAAGCUGCAGGUUCUGGGGGGAAAGGCUGAGCCACUGCAGAAACCCAAACAGCGAGUGAAGAGUGAGGAGGACAAGCCAGCGAACACGGACUCAACAACACCAGUGAAUGGGGAGGUGGAGCCACAGAAGGCAGACAGCGAAUCGGCAGAGCCGGCAGCAGACAACCCCAAAUCACCUGGAACAGAGAACAUGGACACUGCAGAGCAGCACCAGAACAGCCAAGAGAAGGCAGACGAAGCGUCGACAGAAAAGAAUGACAUCACGGCCCAGGAGCCAGCUGUUUCCAUGGAGAUAGAGCCGGGAGCCAGCGAGAGCUGAGACCAUGCGGGAGUGAGCACAAAGGACUGUGGGAUGUAGAAUAUAAACAAAACAAACCCUGGCUUUCUCACACUUCCGGUCUCUGACUUCUGCUGCUUUUUUUUUCUUUUUUUUCACUCGUUAAUAACUUUAUACUCUAGUAAAACCUGUCUGCUGUAUAUAUUGGUACAAUAGGGCAAUGAGUAUGGAAUCCUACCCUUCCCCCCCUCCUCCCCCCGUCUCCACGGUCAAGUGCAGUAGCAGCAUUCAGCCACUGUAUGAGGUGGUGCUGUGUGCAGACCCCAUGAGUGUUCAUUUGAGAGCUAGCGAUUUCUACAGCACCUCCUCUAUGUAUUCUGCUGCAUUGGUUGUUAGCAGACAGUGAUGCUAGAGGCUGUGCUCAGCACUGCAGCUCCGCUCUGCUGGACCCAGCCUGUGGGAGUGUCUGUCUGAGUGAGGAGAGACACUGCCUGCCUGCCUGCCAGGCUUCAUUCGCACAGAUUCGGGUCUCUUGUUUGCAGCGCCUGCCUGUGCUGCAGAAACUGACAAAGCAUUUCAUGCAAAAAAAGAGCGAGAUAGGAGGGACAUGCCCAUCUUUAAAUGAAUAGAAUAAUGACAUGGAUAUAAACAGCCUGGGCAGACCAUCUUAUCUGUCUGUCUGUCUGUGUGAGUGUGUGUGAGUCUGUCUGUCUGUGUGUGUGUGUGAGUCUGUCUGUCUG